UAGUAGUGUGAUAAGGAGCUUUUUUUUUUAGGCAUAGUGAUAAAAAACUUGACAAUACAUAUCCAUGGUUUAAUUUGGGCCAUUUAUGUCUGAAGUAGUUAAUGUACCUAGGAGGCUUAUAAGCUUAUCUACUAUUAGAGAAUUGAAGCAAGGGUUGUCGGAUACCAUGGAUCGUUCACGUGCACCACCAAAUCUACUACGACUACCACCACCACCACCUCCACCAUUUCCAUCACCACCACCAGCACCACCACCACCACGGUCACCACCACCACCACCGGCAUCACAACUACAGUCGCCACCACCAACGCCAAUGUUGUCAUCAACUCCCCCUAUUAGGUCAGUUACAAAAGGAAAUAAGAAUGAAUUUGUAACUAAAGUAGUUGCAAUUGUUGUGCCACUUGCUGUCGUGUUGUUAAUGAUAUCCUUGUGCACAUAUUUCUUUCGUCGGAAGGCAAAGAAGUACCCAUCUUUAGACAUCAGAAAUGCGCUUGAGGAGUUCAUAAAUGCAGAGUCAUUGAUGUUCGAGUUGGGGACACUUCAAGCUGCCACUAACCACUUUUCCUAUUAUCAUAAGCUUGGUGAGGGAGGAUUCGGUAGUGUCUAUAAGGGAACCCUCCCAAACGGACAAGAUAUAGCAGUUAAAAGGCUAACAAGGAUUUCCAACCAAGGAAUGGAAGCAUUUAAGAAUGAAGUCAUACUGAUAGCCAAGCUUCAACACAAAAAUUUGGUACGGUUGUUGGGGUUUAGCAUAACAGAAACGGAGAAGCUUCUUGUGUACGAAUUUGUUCCUAACAAAAGCCUCAACAUUAUCUUGUUUGAUCCGAGUAAGCAAGGACAACUGAAUUGGCCUACACGAUACAAUAUUAUAAUAGGCAUUGCUCGAGGAUUGCUUUAUCUUCAUGAAGAUUCUCGGCCUAGGAUCAUUCACCGAGACCUAAAAGCGGCAAAUAUUUUGCUCGAAGCCAAUAUGAACCCAAAAAUUGCGGAUUUUGGUUUGGCAAGGAUCUUCGAAGUUGAACAAACAGAGGAUGCCACAAGUAUGAUAGCCGGAACAUUUGGUUAUAUGGCCCCAGAGUACGCAAUGCAUGGACAAUUCUCAAUAAAGUCAGAUGUGUACAGCUUCGGUGUGUUGUUAUUGGAGAUUGUAAGUGGCAAGAAAAUCAAUAGCAGACUUUUUUCGGAUGUAGACGGAGAUCUCUUUAACUUUGCAUGGAGAAGCUGGAAAGAUAAUACGCCUUUGUUAUUUAUGGAUCAAACAUUGAGAGAUUCAUACAUAAUAGAUGAAGUCGUAAGAUGCAUUAAGUUAGGCUUAUUAUGCGUACAAGAAAAUGCACAUGAGAGGCCAACCAUGUCAACAGUAGCCUACGUGCUCAACACAAACUCUGCUACUAGUACAAUUUCGACACCUCGAUGCCCUCGAUCUUUUCACAAUAGCAGUAUAAGGUCAAAUCAACAUUCAACAGCAUCGACCUCUCGUGACUCAAUGCCAUACACACAUAAUCAAGUAACAACUAGUGAGAUGAGCCCCAGGUAGAUAAAUUAUCUUUGUAACUAGUACAAUAUAUAGUUGUUUAUUGAAUGAAGACGGAGAAUAUGUCUAGAUGAUAAGAAUCCUCUUUUGCAGCUAGAUUUGUUGAAUCAUGCCUCAUAUCUUACGCAACAAACAUUAUAGUACUAGGUUUUGGCAGUGUGGCAUGUGGGAUGAUGAUCCUCCACACUCCUACUGAAUUGCUGGUGUUCAUAAUUUACUCUAUCCUAAAAGGGCAAAAUAGCAUUGAUUGUAGUAUUGGAAUUUGGCUAAAGCAAAAACUUUCAUACAA